AUACAUAUACAAAGCCAUUUUAUAAUUAACGAUAGCGACGAGAUUAUGCGGUCUUAACAUUAAUACCGCUCCUGAAUCUCAGGAAGCUGUUUUCAGCUACAAUAGAGGCAAUUAGCUGGAACGAAGGUCUGAAAUUUGAAGACAAAGCUCUAAACGGUCUUGAAUGAACGAUAGAAUGGGGUCUUCAGUUUAUUGCGCCCAAACAGAGAUAAGAAAGUCGUAUAAGCUAUUAAGCCAUUGCAGUAUCUUCCAAGCCGAAGUCUUUGCUAUAAAAAUGGCGGCAGAGGCUACAUAAAGCCCUUAAUUUCAUACAGCACGAAGUUAGCUGUGGUCGCGUUACGUAACGAAGCGUUUCAAGUGCUAUCUGAAAACAGAAGAGUGAACAUUUACUGGGUGUAAGGUCACACGAACAUUGAAGGCCUACCUCCGCCGUCUUUCUGCCUCUAUACCUUUGGAUUUUUUACGUUUAGCAAAACAAUGUUCCGUGUGCGAUUACUUGACAAAUUAUUUAUUUUUAGUCUAUUUUUCACACUCAUCGCAGCUUUUGGUUCGCCACAGGCUUUUCAUUAUUACACAAGCACCAAAUACACAAUUUCUAAACCAUGGCGGGGUAACAAGCAAACAUUUAAAGACUAUUCUUCCAAUAACUUGGACACAUUCGGGACACAGCCGCAAUAUAUCUUCGGUGCAAAACCUAAUUUUAUGGGUAUACUCAAGACGAACACUGGUCUGCCGAAGCGUGAGACACACAUGCCCAAUACGUAUUCGUACAAUGGCAACGAUAAUACGGCGUUUAGUGCGUCGCAUCAAGCACAACGGAAUCCACAGCCUUAUCAAACAUUUAGGGAUAAAACAAAGAAUCAGAUAGCCGCUACCUCGGAGCAAAAAGAAGGCUCAUUUUGUCGUCGUAGCUUUGAUGGACGUAGUGGUUAUUGUAUCUUGGCUUAUCAGUGCUUACAUGUCAUCAAGAGUUAUCGCGAGCAUGGCACUAAAAUAGAUGUAUGCACUUAUCGUAGAAAUUUACCGGUGAUCUGCUGUCCGUUGUCGGAGAAACAUGUGGAGGCACAGAGCAUCAGCGCGAAGAAAUGUAAACAAUAUAAUGACGUCAUUGAAAACGUGAAAAUCGAUUUACCUCGCAUGUUUUCUGGAAAAACCUGUGUACCCAGUUUGCCAUUGAUUGUUGGCGGUCAAGUUGCUAAUGAAGCCGAGUAUCCCCACAUGGCCGCACUAGGUUGGACCCAACCAGACGGUGAUAUAAAAUGGAAUUGUGGCGGCACAUUGAUUAGCGAGCAAUACGUGCUUACAGCAGGGCAUUGCAUAACCUCCGGCGACAAACCACCGGACAUAGUUCGCCUUGGCGUGACCAACCUCAAUGAAGAAAACUCCACUAAUCUACAAGAUAUAAGCAUUUCCAUUAUUAUAUUACAUCCGAAAUAUGAAUCCUUCACCUAUUAUCAUGACAUCGCAUUGGCGAAAUUGGCACGAAAAGUGAAUAUAACUGCAAAAGUGCAACCAGCAUGCCUAUGGCAGUUGCCAGAUAUCAACUUACCGACCCUGGUUGCUACUGGUUGGGGACGAACAGAGUUUCGGGGUCCACGAUCCAAUGCGCUCCAGAAGGUGCAAUUAAACAUGAUCAAUCAAGAUUUGUGUGAAAAACUGUAUCGUAAGGAACGUCGUUUACCAAAAGGCAUUUCAGAUGAGCAAUUUUGUGUCGGUCACCUGAAUGGUGGGAAGGAUACAUGUCAAGGUGAUUCUGGCGGGCCGCUGCAUGCUGAACUACCGGAAAUGAAAUGUGUGAAAUUUGUUGUUGGCGUUACAUCUUUUGGUAAAUUUUGUGCUAAGCCCAAAGCGCCGGGUGUUUAUAUAAAAAUAUAUCCAUACCUAGAAUGGAUAGAGGGCAUAGCAUUUAAGGAUGAUUAAGAACUGUUAGUAAUUUAAGGAAACUGAAACUGCUUCACACACACAUUGUACAAGAAUAAAACUAUGUAUGUACAUACAUAAACACCUGGAAAAA